AUGAAUUUAUACCUUUUACUACUAAAUUGUUUAAUUUUUGGUAAUUUAAGAGGAUCUCAAAGCAGGAGUACAAUAAAUAAUGAAGACACAAUUGGCGUUUCUGAGGAAGCGAUAAAAAAACUAAAAGAAAUUAAAAAACUAGAAUUGGAUAUUCUGAACGACUUUGUGAAGAAGGACACGACACAUGCAGACAUAUACAAACGAUACCACUGCAUAGCAAGUGAUUAUAUCUCAUACGAUUCAAAAUCAACAACAGAAUUCCAAAAAAAUAGCAAUACCAGAAAUGGUAAAUCAAGUGAUGUUCCCAGGGAUAUAAAAACGAACGAACAAAAUUUAAAUGAAAAAGGCGAAAAUUCAAAAAGUUUUGUUGAAAAAAUUAUGUCCUUUGUAGGAAUAUUCAACUAUAAUAAUGUAAGUAACAUAUUUUCUGAACAAGACCAGAAAAUACAUCAAAGAAUAAAAAUUGAUGGUGAUGGAAAUGGUAGUGAAAGCACAAAUAAGGAAGAAAAAAAAGCCGAAAUAACAAAAAAUAAAAAUCCAAAUUCAUAUAUGCAAUUAUCAUCAUCCCUCAGUUUAACAAAAAGAAAUAUGUUCUUGGGAGGUAAAGAAAAUUCUAGUGAACAUUUCGAAGUAGGUAACUUGGGAUCUUUUUAUAUGAUUUUUGGUGCUCGUAAUACAGAUUACCCAUGGGCAUGCACAUGUGAUCCCCUUCAAUUAAUAGAUUACAAGGAAAAAAAGCGAAAUUACGUGUUAUGUAGUAACCAAGUAGAUAUGUCUAUACAGAACUCCGAUUUGUUUUGUAACCCCAAAAACUCUUCGCGUUAUUUUUACUUGUCUUACAUUUUUAUGUUCCUUAUUGUGAUUGUUUGUUUUUGA